UCAGGGCCGAGGCGCCCGAGGCCGUCAGCUCCGUCCCGCUGGAGCGCUACCGCGGCCAAGUGGUGGCUUUAGAUGCCUCGGUGGCCAUUUACCAGUUCCGGACGGCGAUGCCAAAGAUCAUCAACCGCCAUGGGCAAAAUAUCAGUCCUUUGCAGGGAAUCUUUUACCGGACGAUGCAUCUCCUGGAAAACAGCAUCAGGCCCGUGUUUGUCUUCGAUGGGAAACCUCCGGACCUCAAGCAGGCAGUGUUAGCCAAACGGGCCGCCAUCGCCGAAACCACGAGGGGAGGUGCUGGCAAGGGCGCACAGGAUUCCUGCCCGUGGUCCACACAACCAGAAGAUCCUGCUUCUGAGGAUCCUCCCCAGUGGCUCCAGAAACGAGACUCGGAGACCCUUUUGAGUUGCUUGGGGGUGCCCUACGUGCAGGCUCCGUCAGAGGCGGAAGCUACCUGUGCGGCUUUGGUCAAGUCCGGGCACGCCUCGUGCACAGCCACGGAAGAUCUGGAUGCCCUGCCCUUUGGGAGCGUGCGCCUCUUGCGCCAUCUGAACGCAAAACACGGUGUCCUGGAAGAGAUUUCUUUGCCUGCUGUUCUGCAGAAGCUGGGCCUGACUCAUGAGCAGUUUGUAGACCUCUGCAUCCUCCUGGGCUGUGAUUAUUGUGACAAGAUCCGGGGCCUGGGCCCCAAAAAGGCUCUGAAGCUGCUGCAGGAACACGGAAGCAUCGAACGGAUCUUGGAGGGCCCCUGCCGAGAGAAAUACCCCUCACCCGCCAACUGGCAGCUGGAGGAGACCCGCCGACUCUUCCUGCAGCCGGAGGUGGCCGAGCCGAGCCAGGUCCUCCUGGAGUGGCGGGAGCCCGACGAGGAGAAGCUGGUGCAGUUCCUUGCUCACGAGAAGCACAUGAAUGAGACCCGGGUUCGGCGUCGGAUGGAGAAGUGGCGGGAGACCCGCCUGAAGCGCGCCCAGCCCCAGGGGCCGAUCCCCGUGAUCCGGAGCAGCCCCAGGCAGCGGAAGAUGAGCGAGUUCUUCCGUGUCAAGAAACAUCCGUGCAAGGAAACCAAAACUCAGCGUGGCAGGAAGAGGCAGAAGCGCCAGCAGGAAACGGUCCUGGGGACCUGAAGAGGCAUCUGCCCGCCGACCUUGUCCGUCUUCGCUGCCCACGUCGGCCCCUUGCCGAGGCCCCGGGUGCCAGAGCAUCCUGCGAGCAUCAUGCAGGGAGUGCCACACCCCCUAUGGAUGCCCAUGGAAAAGGGUGCAAAGAAAAGGGGGGGCAGGCGGCGUGGAGCCUAGCAUGCUGGGCACCCUGGCAGGCCCACCUGUCCCUAAGCGAGACGUUUGACAGCGGCCUCCAUCAUAGGACUGGGGUGGAAAAUACCUCUUUGUCCUGCCAGCUCCGAAGAGGAGACUUCAGUCUUUGGAGUGUGACUCUGCUCGGGUCAGCUUCUGUUGACAUUUUUUGUACCAAAUGCCCCUUCCAAAAUUAGCCUCAGGCUUUGCUGAGACACGUGUGCGUGUGUACGCCUGCGCACGGAAGCAGAAAAAGGACACGAUGGCGCUGGAAAGACUAACUUGCUAUAGUUUCAUGUGAGCUUCUGUGGAACGUGGUCCACUUUUUCAGACCUACAGUAUGUCUGAAGAUGUGGAUGGUGGGCAGAUGUGAUGAUUUGAAGGUGAAUUUACUUUUCCCCUGCUUCCUCCCCGCCCCACUUCCCCAUUCCAUGCCCCAGCUUUGUGUAACCUCUAGUCUUACAAAAACAAAAGAGCCGAGGUGUCUUGAAAG